GCAUGCUCAGGCUGUCCCCAUCUCUCUCCCACCCUCCCAGAAAGGAGGAGGGGGCUGGCAGCAGGCAGAGCGUGGUGGGAGAGGCGCAAGGCAGGCGUGCAGGAGUCAGAGCCCGGGCUCGGCCAGCUGGUGAGAGGGAGGAUGGGCACAGAGAACUCUGGCAACGGGACAUCUCCCACCCCGUCUCUCUUUGGGCUUCUGGUUUCAACCACGGAGCUGGUCCCAUCCAGCAUCCCACCCCCUGAGAUGACACACCCACUGUCUAUCAUCGUCGCACUCGUCUGCAUCUUCCUCCUCCUGGCGACCUUCCUCAUCUUUGUCACCCUCUGCAAGCCAGCAGCGCUGGACCAGUCCCUGUCUGGAGCCCGGGAGUGGAUGCCCCACCACCCGCUGGACGCCAGCGAGCCCCAGCUGAGGCUCUGGAAGCGCCUGGGCUCCCUGCGGGGCUCCAUCAGCAGCUUCAGGAGGAGCAAGCCAGUGUCCCAGAGCCAGCUUGCCUGCCCCCAGAGCAUCCCUGCCAGGCAGGACCGGGACACCGUGGAGUCCACCAAAAUGUGAUCUCGCUCUGCUGUUCCUUCCCAAGCUUUUGGUUCAAGCUCAGUCCUCUCCUCAAGCGUCCCUCGGUAUCCUGUGCACCCUGGCAGAGCCCCUCUGAGCAACUCAUUUCCAGGCAGUGGCUCUGUGAGGCAACAGGAGAUUUUGCAAUUUCAGGUUCCCAAAUGCUUUCCAGGUUACUGUUUCCUGUCAGGAAAGGUGGAGGCAUCCAAACUACACCCACGUGCAUCUAUCACCAGGCAGCCAAAAAAAAAAGAAAUAAAAAUCCUGCUGCUUCAUUUCUUUUGCAAAACAUUGUGCAAGUUGUGCUGCACCUGAACAGACAGCUUGGAAGAGAGCGGAGCAACCUGGCUGCCUAAAGAGGCAUUCCUGCUCUCUGGCCCUGGGCUGCCUGGCUUUGGGAGAAAGGGAUGGGGAAACAUUCAGGAACUGUCCAGCUGCCCUAGGGAUAUGGGGAUGUAUUGGAAGGGAGAGACCUUCUGUAACAAAUGGUUCACACUGAAGGUGUAAAUUAAAGUAAAGCCAGGCGAUGA